AUGAAUUUUUUUAACAUUUCAGAUGAAUUUAAGAAAAACCCAGAACUCAAUGAAGAAGAUUUAAAUCAUCUAAGAGAAUGGAUAUCCAAACAACCGCACCUUCCAAUCGUUACUGAUGAACUCCUCGUGCUAUUUUUUCAUAGCUGUUUCUAUCGAUUGGAACCGACUAAAAUAACCAUAGAGUCGUAUUUCACUCUACGCACUCAUUCGCCCGAAUUAUUUACAAAACGAGAUACCGAUGUAAAAUCUGUGUUGGAAGCAUUUAAAACUAUAUCGUUUUGUGUAUUGCCGGAAUCAACUCCAGAUGGUUGCAAAUGUAUAUUUAUACAUGCUAAGCGCGCAGAGGCAGAAUUAUUUGUUUUAUCUGAUUUCAUUAAAGCACUCAGCAUGGUGAUCGAUAUGUUGCUAAUGACUUCAGGAACUUUCARCGGACUUAUAAUUAUUUAUGAYAUGAAAGGUUUUAGUCUUAGCCACGUCGGUCGUCUUGGUAUCAACAUGAUGAAAAAAUACGUGUAUUUCUUGCAGGAUGGAUUACCGGCUCGUCUAAAAGCUAUUCAUACGAUAAACACUGUUCCGUUUAUUGACAUGAUAACUAGUAUGACAAAACCUUUUAUGAAAAAAGAAUUAUCCGAGAAAUUAUAUUAUCACUCGACUGCAGAUUCUGAAACGAUAUUUGAUUAUAUACCUAAAGAAAUAAUGCCAAUCGAGAUCGGAGGACGUGGACAAACGCUACAAAAAUUACAUGAUGAUACAUUAGACAAAGUCAAAGGUAUGAGAAAAUGGUUCUUGGAAGAAGAAAAUUACAGAGUAGAUGAACAAAAACGUCCUGGUAAACCUAAAACGGAAAGUGACUACUUUGGUGUUGAAGGUUCUUUUAAGACUUUGAAUUUGGAUUGAAUUAAAUUGUUAUUGUUUUGGGUUAUACAAUAUUAUAUUAGUAAUGGAAAAUGUAUGGAAUACUUAUURAUAAUUAUGUUAUAAAAGUUGUAGUCUUUAAUCUUUAUAUUAUGUUGAAGACGAAAUAAUAGGAUAAAUUAAAAUAUUAUACUUGUGUUAUAGUUAAUUUUAAUAUUAUUGACUUUGAGUAAGCAUAAUAUUGUGCUGCAGACUCCUUCAGAUAAUCUUCUUUUAUGACUAGAUUAUAGUAAAUAGUACCUACAUUUAGAACACAUGUAACUAUUGUAGGUAAUUUGUAUUUAUUUUGUAUUUGUUGGUAUA